AUGGGCCCAUUCCUGGACAUCACCUAUGCCAGCCGCGCCGGUACGCUGUUGGGCGAGAUCUCGCCUUCGCAGAAGCCAGGAGCUGACUUCUUGGAUGAUGGCUUCCCUCCGGGAGCGCCUGACGUUCCACGUGCGCGCCCGCGCCUGAUCUCUCCGCAGUCCACCUUUUAUGAAGACACCGAAGAUUUGCCGGACGACAGGCCUGCGAAGCCGGACCGCGCAACGCAUGAGCUCUACCUGGAGGAGGACGUGCAGAACAAGCCGAAGAAUCUGGAGAUGAGCGUGGAAUUGAAGCGGCGCGGCGCCUUUGGUUUGGACUCAUUGGCCGGAAGGCGUGUUAUCCGAGCCGAUCUCGGCGAAGCUGUCCCACGUCGGAGCACCAGUGAGGGCCGAUAUGGUGUGACGCUGUGA